CCGCCGCUGCCAGUCCACCAAAAGCGGUCCUCCUCCUCUCCUAUCAGAGACACACACACACACACACACACACACACACACACACACACACACACACAUACACACACACACAGUCCAAACCCCCAGAAAAGCCCUGCUGAAUCCUCACACCGUCUGUCAGCAUGGGGAGCGCUUGUUUUUCCCGGGACGUUUGUUUGUUUAUCCUCCUCAUAAAUACUUGCAGGGUGAUGGGGAAUGUCGGACUGGCAGAUGCAGACGAGUGCGCGGAGGGUUCAGACGACUGCCACAUCGACGCGCUCUGCCAGAACACGCCCAAGUCCUACAACUGCAUCUGCAAGCCGGGCUACAAAGGAGAUGGCAAGCAGUGCGAGGACAUGGACGAGUGUGAGAAUGACUACAAUGGGGGCUGCGUCCAUGAAUGCAUCAACAUACCUGGAAACUACAGGUGCACCUGCUACGAUGGAUUCAUGCUGGCCCACGACGGACACAACUGUCUGGAUGUGGACGAGUGUCUGGACAACAACGGUGGAUGCCAACAAGUGUGUGUCAACACCAUGGGGAGCUAUGAGUGUCAGUGCACGGAGGGCUUCUUCCUCAGUGACAACCAGCAUACCUGCAUCCACCGCUCUGAUGAUGGGAUGAACUGCAUGAACAAGGACCACGGCUGCGCCCACAUCUGCAGAGAGGCUCCAGGCAAAGGCGGGGUCUCAUGCGAGUGCCGUCCUGGCUUUGAGCUGGCCAAAAACCAGAAAGACUGUACAUUGACGUGUAACUAUGGAAACGGCGGUUGCCAGCACACAUGCGAUGACACGGACACGGGGCCGGUGUGCGGCUGCCACCAGAAGUACGCCCUGCACUCAGACAGCAAGACCUGCAUCGAGAAAGAUGAGGCUGCAAUUGAGAGCUCUGAGUUCAAUGCCACGUCAGUAGCUGAUGUGGACAAGCGGGUGAAACGGCGGCUACUUAUGGAGACCUGCGCCGUGAACAAUGGCGGCUGCGACAGGACAUGCAAAGACACGGCCACUGGGGUGCGCUGCAGCUGCCCCGUGGGAUUCACCCUGCAGCCAGACGGCAAAACCUGCAAAGACAUCGACGAAUGCCAGGAGAACAACGGAGGCUGCGAUCACUUCUGCCGGAACACGGUGGGCUCCUUUGAAUGCAGCUGCCAGAAGGGCCACAAACUGCUCACUGAUGAACGGACAUGCCAAGACAUUGACGAGUGCUCCUUUGAGAGAACCUGCGACCACACCUGCAUCAACUACCCCGGCAGCUUUGAGUGCUUGUGCAACAAGGGAUACAUCUUGUACGGCCUCACUCACUGCGGAGACAUCGAUGAGUGCAGCAUCAGCAACGGGAGCUGUGAGUACGGCUGCAUAAACACCCAGGGCAGCUACGAGUGUGUGUGUCCACCUGGACAGAAACUCCACUGGAACAAGAAAGAUUGCAUCGAGGCGGUGAAGUGUCUGCCCAAUGGAAAGCCAGCGCCCCGAGCCCAGCUGACCUGCAACAAGAGCGGAGGGGCGGAGGUCUGCUCGCUCUCCUGCCCCUCUAACGCCCUCUUCCUCGCAGACUCAGAGAACAGCUACACACUGAGCUGCGGAGUGCCCGUCCAGCCUGGUAAAGCUCCUCAGAAGAGGAAUGCUACCGCUGCCUUACCCACCUGUGCCGACACUCUGGCCCCGCCCAUCAAACAGAAGGCCAGGUUUAAGAUCAAAGACGCCAAGUGUCACCUGAGGCCCCGCAACAAGGAGAAACACAGAGAUUCAUCCAAGCAGAACGUGCAAGGAGGCCAGUUCCCCUGCACCGACAACUGCCAGGUCACUUUUGUCAACCUGAAGUGCGACUCGUCUAAGAAGCGCCGGCGGGGACGCAAAUCUCCUUCAAAAGAGGUUUCCCACAUCACAGCUGAGUUUGAGAUGGAGAUGAAGGAGGAAGAAGCCUCAGACUCGUGUAACGUAGACUGUGUGAGGGAGCGGAUGAAGCAGAAGCUGCAGAACGCCAUGCGGACGCUCAGGAAGUCCAUCAACAAACAGCAGUUCUACAUCCAGUUCUCCGGGACAGAGUACGAGGUGGCCCAGAAACCGUCCAGGGUACCUGAGGGCGCCGAGGCCUGCAGCACGGGACAAGUCCUUCGAGAUGGAAAGUGUGUGAGCUGUGCCGUUGGGACGUUCUACAGCGGCGAGCAGGAGCAAUGUGUCCAGUGUCCUUCCGGUACAUACCAGGACACGGUGGGUCAGCUGUCUUGUGAACCGUGUCCCAGCACUGAAGGACAGGGCAUCGCUGGUGCCAAGAACGUGUCUCAGUGUGGAGGUCAGUGUCCAGCAGGUCAUUCCUCUGCUGACGGCUUCCGUCCGUGCCAGCCCUGUUCGCUGGGCUCCUACCAGCCAGAACCUGGCAGAGUCCUCUGCUUCCCCUGCGGAGGAGGUCUCAUGACUAAGUAUGAAGGAGCUGUCUCCUUCAGGGACUGUGAGGCCAAAGUGCACUGUGCUCCAGGACAUUACUACAACUCCAGUACCCACCGCUGUAUCCGCUGCCCAGCAGGAACCUACCAGUCUGAGUUUGGGCAGAACUACUGCAUCACCUGUCCAGGGAACACCACCACUGACUUUGACGGCGCCACCAACGUCUCCCACUGCAAAAAUCAGGUGUGUGGCGGUGAACUGGGAGAAUACACGGGGUACAUCGAGUCCCCCAACUACCCCGGGGAUUACCCGUCCAAUGUGGACUGUGUCUGGACCAUUAAUCCACCGCACAAGAGGCGGAUUCUCAUCGUGGUGCCAGAGAUCUUCCUCCCCAUUGAGGAUGAGUGUGGUGACGUGCUGGUCAUGAGGAAGAGUGCCCUUCCCACCUCCAUCACCACCUAUGAGACGUGUCAGACCUAUGAGCGACCCAUCGCCUUCACCUCUCGCUCUCGCAAACUCUGGAUUCAGUUCAAGUCCAACGAGGGCAACAGUGGCAAAGGCUUCCAAGUUCCAUAUGUCACCUACGAUGAGGACUACCAGCAGCUGAUAGAGGACAUAGUGCGAGAUGGCAGGCUCUACGCCUCCGAGAACCACCAGGAAAUACUGAAGGACAAGAAGCUGAUAAAGGCCCUGUUCGACGUGCUGGCCCAUCCCCAGAACUACUUCAGGUACACGGCACAGGAGUCCAAAGAGAUGUUCCCUCGCUCCUUCAUCAAGCUGCUGCGCUCCAAAGUCACCAGGUUCCUACGGCCGUACAAAUAGACAGGGCCUCUCCAGUGUCCUGUUAAAGAACCUCGUCAUCCUGCACCAUUCCAAAUCCAGCAACCUAAAUGUAACCCCCCGACCCCCAAUACAUUGAUGUACCCGUUCUAUGACUAAAUAUCUUCAUUUCCUGUAUUUGUCACAUGAUGCCUUUCCUCAUCUUUGACCCCUUUAACCAGUAAUCCAUCAUUAAUCCUUCCCUCCAUUGAGUGCAGCUUUUUCUGUAAGGUUUGACCAAUAUGGGGUUUUGAAGGCCAGUAUUGUGUAUGUAUAUUGUUUCUUUAAAUUUGACAAUUUAUACCAAACGUGUCAUUUGAUUGCAUGUUUUACAGACCUCUUAUGUAGCUGUAGUCAGGCGUGGAAUCUACUUCAGAUCAGUAGUGGCCCUCAGUGACUGAUAACAGAUACAAGAUGGCAUACUGUUAGAACAUUCAUAAUUUGGCCUGAAUUGCUGCUUCUGGUUUUUCAUCAUUCAUUUAAGCUUUACCAAGCAGUAAUAUGCUGUUAUUGUGCAUAAAUGAAUAGAGGUGUGAACCCAUGUUGAGUAUCCCUUUGGUAUGUGUAAAUCCUCUGCCAUUUAGUCUAAAAGCUAAAACUGAAGCUAUGCCGGCAGUCACCAGCCAGCUGCAUUUCUUUUUUUUAUUCUUUUUUGAGGCUUUUUAUGCCUUUAUUAGAUAGCACCAGUAGCGAGAUGACAGGAAAUUAGGGAAAGAGAGAUGCGACAAGAUCCCCAGCUGGACAUUACAGUUGAUGGUUGCCUUCUUAACCCCUAAGCCACAGAGCCCCCCAAAAGCCAACAACUUCACUGUAAGCCAUUGAUUGUGGUAUUUUAAAGAAGCCCCCCCCCAGUAUUUAGUAAAAGGCCAGUAUCAGCAAACCAAAGUAUAUAGGUCAAACCCUAUUUCUGCACACAUACUUCUUACUCAUACUUACUCUCCCAACCAGAUCUCUGCACCUUCAUUAACACCUUCUGUUCUGCGAUCUUCCUUUCCCUCCCCUCCCUCCACCUCUCUCAUUUUAUUUUGCUCUGCUUUGUUUUUCCAUGUCGUGGUUUUUGUUUUUGUAAUAUUUAUACUGAACAAGUCAGAACUUGCAGAAGCCCACAUCACAGAUGUUUUAGAUGCGACAUACAUACAGAUGUGUAAGACGUUUAUGUUUGUGUGGACAUACACAGCAUAAUGUGUUAAGAUGCAUUGGCCCACACAGUGUACAUGGAUGUAUCCUGAAUUCUUCAUUGGCCCCCGAUGUGCACGAGACAGAGAUGAGGAAAACAAUCGGUGCACUUAAAGACACAUUUUAACAUGGAAAAUGAUUGGAAAGAAAUGUUAAAGUGGGGAAAUUGAAACCAUUCCACUUCAGUGGGUGCUUUAUCCAUUGGAACACAGGGAAAGAUUAAAUGGGGUGAAUCAGAAAGUCUAUAUUGUAAUUUUUUUUAAAUAAUAAAAAAGAUAUAUAACAAGAUGAGAUAAACUACCUGCAAGUAACAGAUUGUUACUUUAGAGAGAAAUGUAUGUGAUGUAACUAAUAUUUGGAACUUUAAUUGCACUUGAAUUUUAUAUUUUAAACUGUAGGAAAAAAAAGAUCUAAGUUACGUAUUUGUUACCUUUUUUUGUGUUGUUUUGAAAUGUGCCACAUGUGGCGGUGAUGAGAGAGAAAGACAGCUGUGUCUCCUGUUAUUGCUCCCACUCUGUAGCUCGCAGUUGCCCCAAAAACUCUCAGUUACAGUAGCUUCAAGCCCCAUUCACACACACACACACACACACACACACACACACACACCGCGAGGAAGCAUUUAGGUCGAAGCUUCAGCAUCUCAAAAGACUGUUUGUUAAACUAAUGCGCACAGAGGAAAGACAGUGUAAGCAACCUGCCACCACCACUACAGUCUGUGUUUUCACUGCCCAGUCCUGCUUCAUCCGUCCUAUAGCUGCCAGAGAGAAGAAGCAUCACCAUAAAGGCUUCUUGUAUGAUGGCAUUAUACAUACAUACUGCUACAGUAUAUGCCUGUUUCUGAAACACUGCUUAUCUGCAUACAUCCAGAUGCAACCUCUUUCCAUUAAAUAGGAAGUAUAGUGUGUAUACUAUGCUUUUCUUUUAUAACCCAACUAAAUGUUUCUGUGUCAUUCCCAUUGGUACUAAUAUGUCUAUGAAAUCCUAUAUAUUGAAGAUGGACUCUAUAUCUGCACAAUGCGAGUGGAGCUGAAAGAUGUCUGUUGCGACUGGAGUUUUGGUCUGGAGGUGAAUGUAGUGGCAGGGACACAGUCGGAAUAAUGUCUGUGUGUCCGUAGCACUUGCAGCUUCAACUGUAAGCCAGUGAACUUUAUCUGUGUGUUGUUUAUAAAGAGGCAAGCUUUCACAACGAAGAUAAAGGAGUGUCAGCUUAUCAAAGCCCAGUGAUUAUAGAUUUAAAGGACCAGGCUGGAGCUCUUGCAUGUUUUAGCUCAUUUACUACAAAUCGUGUAUACUGCUUAGUUUUUUCCAGAAUUAGAUUUUAAGUUUACUUUUUCCCAGGCAGCGACUGGUUUCAGUUCAUUUCAGAACACUGUGAAAAUCAGUGUGCACAGACUAGCACAACUACUUUGGGAAAAUCACAUGAGAAGAUUGUUACCACUCUCAUGUUUGUGCAGUACAUAUGUAGCUGAAGCCAGCAGCCUGUUAGCUUAGUUUAGCAUAAAAUAUCGAAAAUGUGAAUCAGCUAGCCUUGAUCUGCCAACCAGCACCUCUAAAACUCAUGGAUUAACCUGUCAUCUAAAUUGCAAAACAAAAAAAUACUCACUUUCCACUGGAUGUCACACUAGAGCACCAGCAUCUUAGACCAAAACAAUAAAACAAUAACCAAUGCUGCUUUGGUCGAAAUAAAUCCUUAAUUCACUGAGUUAGAUAUGGUUGCUAAUGUUGGGGUCAAAUGCAGCAAUCAAAGUACGUUCACUAAGAGUGCUUGUUGUUGUGUGUCUGACAGCCUUAUGGAAAGGAUCCCUACAGGGAUAGACCUUUUGUUUAACCAGAAACAGCAGUGAUAUCACUAUCACUCUCCACCAGCCUCCAUAGACAAAAACGGUAAUUUUACCUUGAAUAUCAUCGUAACAUCGUAACUUCAUUCAAAGUGUUCCAACAAUCACUGACUGGUUUGGUCCAAAUAAAUCCUUCACAGCAGUUUCAGUCUCUGCACACAGAGCAGUAAACAAACCAAACUUUUGUAAACAAACCACAGAGAGGCUGCGAUAGCAACACAGAGUGUGACAUUCUCUGCUCAAGACAGCAUGACUCCACUAUAUCUUUACAAAGCUAAUAGUUGUUUGCUGCUAUAUUAAUGUUUUAAACCUCAUAUAUAACCUUCAAUUAGUUAACUUUAGAGGUGCUGUUAGGUGGAUUUUGUUCCAUAUUCCAGAAACGACCACCAAUACAAGUUAUGAAAAUGCUCACAGGAUACCUAAAGAAAGUAAAGGCAACUUAAUGUUCCCAGCAUUGGAAUUUUCAAGUCUAUGCAUGUUGAUUUUCAUAGCGUACUGAAAUGAAACCAAUAUGGCUCGAACGUAGGAAACCAAUCACAGAUGGUCAUGUUGCAGUCAUGUUAAAAGCAAUGGAAUGGGCUGAAGCAGGCAAAACCACAAGUAUGGCCCUGCAUAGCACUGAUCUGGUCACAGUUAAGGGUUUUCUUCCAAAAUAAGAUAUUAAAUAGUUGAGAGAACCAAUAACGAAAUGGGAAAUUAUUUUGAAAACAUAUUCUUACAAGUAUUGGCUGAUAAUCACCCCCUUAAAAACUGACUCUUUAACUGUCAGUGAGGUCACUGGAUCAUCAGAUAAUUUUCCAAAAUAAGAGCAUACUGUCAUUAGGUAUCCAGACCUUUCCAAAUAGCUGCCACACAGACAUGUUAUGGUACGGCCUACUUUCUGUUUGAGGUGGGCACUGUUCAAUAUGAGUGUUAUGAAAAAACAAUAUGAAAUGCUCUCAAAUUUAUAAUUGACUGUUUUUUUUCCUGAGAAUGUAUUCUAUUGUGAAUGAGUGUGUGUGUGUGAGAGAGAGACACUGUGAGAAUGAACGUGUGUGCAGUAAGUGUGAGUGUUUCUGUGUGUAUCUGUGUGUAUCUGUGUGUGUGUGUGUGUGUGUGUGUGUGUGUGUGUGAGUGGUGAGUUUUUGUGCUGGGUGCCUGUGAUAGAGGAAGAGACUGCGUGUGUAUGUUCUUUAGUCCAAUUUGUAGAGGAAUAAUUUUAACGUUUGUGUUAGUCGGUUGUACCCAAAGAGAGAAACUGUAACGCAGUGUUGUGCCAUUGUUUGGUCCAUGAAACUCCAGUACUGAACAAAUUAAAUAAAACAGUAGCAGAAAACAGA